CCUCUUGCAGGCUUCUGGUUUGCCCUCGGAGGAGCUGUUCUGGAGAGAUGCAGAUCAAUAUCGCAGCCUGCUGCCAGGGACACACAUCCAGGGCAGCGUCCAAAGCCUGAAUAUGGACAGAACAAUUGUGCUCAACCCAAGAGCUGUUAUCAGUGCUGGAAAAGCUGGGCUUUGGACUCUGAGUGGAAAGCCAGGGCUGGGAUGAAUCCAAGGAGCAUCACUGCCUCUGCCAGUGGCUUGGCCUGGCUGCCAUGCCUGGUGCUUGGGCUGCUGUCCUCUGCUGGACACAGAGGAGGCGUGUUGUUACAGACAUCCUGAUACGCCUGGGCUUGCACAGAGGCAGGGAACACCUGUGCACAUGGAUGUCUGUCCCACUCCUGGAGUACAUGUCCUGCUGCACUGCUGCUCAGAACGUUCCAGCAUGUGGGAACCAGUAUUUUGGGGAACAAGCUUUGGAUGCAGCUUCCUGGAGCUCCUCUGUGCUUCUAGUCUUCCAUAGCAGCCAUUCUGAUUGGUAAAAGGGGACAGCUGCUCCCUCUGUGUCUUGGAUACCCUUGCUUGCCAAAGCUGGGAGAUGGUGCCCUUUUGAGAGGUUCAGAUACCAAUAGCCUGGCCUUUUCUCAUCCUGGAAAAAACAUGGAUCCAGCCAGGACUGCUGACUGCACUGGGUGGUGAACGCCCUGUGCCCCUCAUCCUGCUGGUGCUCAUCCAUCUGCUGACAGCUCAGGAGGCUCGAGGAGGUGCCUUGGCAGAGGUUGGUCCUUGCCUUAGCCAUGUUCUCCCCAGUCACCUCCUUAAAAAGAGCUUGUGCUGUGGUUGGGCUCUGUGAAGAUGCCAUCCCUGCAGGGAGAGACUUCCUGCCUUCACCCUCACACAGAAGGUGGUUUCAGAAGCACUGUGGCCCUGAGUGGGAGGAGGGCAAACUCGCCCAUCCCUUCCAUGGACCACCUUCUCCCAAGUCAUUUGACCUCUGGGAAAGCUCAGUGAGCUCCUGGUUGGCAGAUUUCGGCCUGGAGCUUGGAAGUUCAUCAGAAAGGGGCAAUUUAGGGGAAGAAGGCAGCUGUCACCACCCAUCCCGGUGGGUGCUGGUCACAGGGACUCAGGCUGCUGGCUGAGAGCAGCUCUGCCUCUCCCUCAGCACCUUUCCUGAGUCUCUAAUGGCGCCAAGUUGAGCCAACAGUGGGAAAUCCUGAGUCCAGGGAAGCUCUGCAGCAUGUCGGAGGACACUGGAGCACUUCCUGGUGCAGAACCUUCCUGGAUGAGUGGAGUGGUUGAUGUGCUCAGUCCUGUUGCUCCAAGGAGGUCACCUGGCUUCUGCCUCUUGCCCUUGCUUUGGGACAGCAGUUUUGUCACUUUGGCAGAAGGCCUGGGGCGUUUCUGUUCUGGAAAAGCCCUUCCUUGAGCAUCCUGCCAUGGGCACCAGCAUCCAUCCUCCAGAGAGCAGUCUGCAGCGGGCACUGGCACCCAUCUCCAUCAGCUCCCCUUGCAGAUCCCCAGCGCAAGGUGAUGGAGCUGGGCUGGCUGCCCAGUGCUGGGAAGGGUAGACUUGCCCUUACCCCACGCACCGGCCAUCUUCCGGCAGAAACAUGUCCCCAUGAAGCACCUCAGGAGAUAGAGAGAGGUCAUGGAUCCUCCACCCUGCAAGGCUGGAGCUGUGGGGAGAUGCUCCUGCUUCGUGCCGGGAGGGGUGUCCUGCUCACGCCGGGGAAGCCACACGGCAGAAGAAGGGUGCUGGGUAGCGACUCCCUCUCCUCCCGGCGAGGCCGGUGGGCCGUGGGCACCGUCACUUUCAUUUCGCUUCUCUUGCUCAGGCGGUAAAUCUCGCCUGACGGGGCAGGAAGAGGCACCGGGAGGGGGAGGAGGCACCGAGGCGGCGGCGCUGCCGGUUGGUAACCUCAGCGCUUCCUCCCGGCACGGUGCCUUUCCCGCGGCGCCCGAGGAUGCUGCCCUGACACCCGCAUCCCCGGGCAGGUGACCCCGAGGUCCCAGGCAUGGCUGUGUCCCCCGGAGGGAUCCCCACUGAGCUGCAAGAGGGCAUCACCGCCUUCCUGGGGACAAAGAAGGUGCUCCUGGUGCUUAGCAUCCAGCUGCAGGUGAAAUCCAAGUAUGAUGACUUUAUCUUGGUCCUGACACCCUGGCGAGCCUAUGUGCUGCCUGUGAUGCUGCCAGUGAGGGUUCACAGCAGCUUCAGCUUCCUGGAGGUGAGGGAGAUGACAGUCCAAGAGCCCAGUGUGGUUGUCAUAGAAACAGAUGCAGCGUCUUACGCCUUCCGGUUCAUGUCCUUGGAUGAUUUGGAGCAAGUUGUUAUCCAUGUCACCAUGUCACUUAAGAAGGUCUUUCCAGACUCAUCCCUUGGGACCCUGCUCAAGAACUCCCCCCCCAGCCUGUAUGAGAGGAUCCAGCAGAUCACAGACUCACUGGAGGAAGUGCUGCAGAGCAGCCCUGGGCCUUGUGGGGGGUUUUCGGAGACCUACGCUGCUCUGUGUGAUUACAACGGCUUUGCCUUCCGCGAGGAGAUCCAGUGGGACGUGGACAACAUUUACCACAGCCAGGACUGCCGGGAAUUCAACCUGCUGGACUUCAGCCACCUGGAGAGCCGGGAUGUGGCACUGAGCGUUGCUGCCUUGUCCUUCAACCUGUGGUUCACCAAGCUCUCCUGCAAGGAUUUCAGGCUGAAUCAGGAGAUUUCAGAGCAGCUGCUCUACAUGCUCAGCAAGUCAGUGACACUGGAGGAGCUGGUGCUGGAGAACAGUGGGUUGAAAGCUGACUUUGUGCAGAGGAUGGCCCAGGCGCUCAGCAGCCAUCCCAACUCCGUCCUGCACACCAUCAACCUCUCUGGCAACCAGCUGGAAGAUAGAGGGGUCUCUGCCUUCAGCCGGCACGUGGAGAAGAGUUCCAAGGGUCUGCAGAGCCUCAGCUUGGCCAGGACAAUGCUCACAGCCAAAGGGAUGAGCACCUUGUGCAAGGCCCUCACAGAUAACAAAGCCAUUGGAUUCUCCCUGCGGCACCUGGACCUCUCUGGAAACCCUGGCGCCCUGGCUGGGGAUGACAUCAGUAACCUGCAGAGCCUCCUCCAGCAUUGCCACUCGCUCUCCCACCUUAGCCUGGCUGGCACAGACUGUCCUUUGGAUGCUCUCUUUGGAGCCCUGGUCCACGGAUCCCACACCAGCCUCAUCCACCUGGAUCUCUCCAAAAACGUGUACUCCCACAAGAGGGUGAAAACCAUCUCCCCUGACAUCAAGGAGUUUUUCAGCCAGGCCUGCUCCCUCAGCCAUGUCUCCCUGGCAGGUACCAAGCUGCCAGCCGAUGUCGUAAGGUGCGAUUGGGCUGCGGGAAUGGAUUUGGGGGCAUUGCUGCAAGGGCUGGCAGACAACAGUCACAUCAGUGACCUGCACCUGGAUCUUAGCAGCUGUGAGCUGAGAUCAGCGGGGGCCCAAGUCAUCCAGGACCUCAUCCCCGAUGCCGGCUCCAUCAGUCACCUGGACUUGUCUGACAAUGGCUUUGACCCCGACAUGGUGACCCUGGUGCUCUCCAUUGGCAGAAGCAAAUCCAUUAGGCACGUCUCCCUGGGCAAAAACUUCAACAUCAAAUCCAAGGAAGGUCUGUUGGAUGUCCUGCACCGCAUUGUCCAGCUCACCCAGGAGGAGGAUUGUCCCCUGCAGUCGCUGUCUGUGGCUGAAUCGCGCCUCAAGCUGGGAACCAACGUCCUGCUGAGUGCCCUGGGCAGUAACACCAGCCUCGUGUCCCUGGACAUCAGCGGCAACGCCAUGGGGGACACGGGGGCCAAGAUGCUCGCCAAGGCCCUGCAGAUAAACACCAAGCUCAGGACUGUGGUUUGGGACAGGAACAACACAACUGCCCAUGGGCUCCUAGAGGUGGCUCAAGCUUUGGAGAGGAAUUACACGCUCAAGUCGAUGCCGCUGCCGAUGAGCGACGUGGCGCAGGCCUACCGCAGCCACCCCGAGAGGACGGAGGAGGCCGUGCACAAGCUGCAGUCCUGCCUGACGAGAAACCAGCUGCGGCAAACGCUGCCGGCGCAGACCUUCCGGCUGCAGCAGGGCAUCCUCACCACCUCUUCUGAACAGAUGGUGAAUGAGAUCUGCCUGAGUGUGCAGAAGCAUGUCGACAUCCUGAGCACCUGCACGGGCAGGGAGGUGGAGAAGGACAUCCUCUGUGCCGAGGAGGCCAUCAGGAAUGCCAACCUCUCCGUCAGUAUCCUGCCCCUGUUGUAUGAGGCAGGAAACACCCCCUACCAGAAUGGCAAGCUGCAGCACAAGCUGGAGUGUCUCACAGAGGAAGCAUCACAGACCUGCAGCCGGGAAAUCCAGGCAAUCAUGCAGGCGGUGCUGGACACGGCACACGGCCUGUGCCCCGCUGUGGUGCAGAAGAGCGGGGUCAGGGACCAGCUGGUCAAUGCCAUGUCGGAGCGGGUCUGCCUCCAGGACCACCUCAGCCUCAGCGCUGUCCUGGACCAGAUGGUCACCGAUGUCUUCAGCAAGCUUAAUGAAAUCAAGCUGUCCGUCACUGCUGCUGUAGCUGACUGCAUCGUGGAUGCCGUGCUGGGAGACCUGACCAUCGCCCAGUGCAAACUGGCAGAGAGCCUCUCCAAGCAGGGGCUCGACCUCCUGGUGCCGCUGCCGGAGUCGGCUGAGGACGAUGCCACGGCGCUGGCGAGGGGCAGGAAUCCUCCAGACCUGGCCGCAGAGGAGUACAAGAUGGCCCUGCGGAGGAGAAACAAGCACUUCAGGAGCAUUCGGCCCACACCAACUGUGAGAACAUCAUCCCCUGCACGCAAACCUCCGGCGGCGGCGGCGGGAUCCAUCGCAGGCUGCGCCGCAGAGCCGCCACGCACGCUCCCGGCGGGCACGGCCGCGCUCCCGCCCCGCGGCGGAGCCGCUGCCCCGCUCGCUGCCCCUCCACGCGUGGGCGAAGGUGACGGCGUCCGUGAUGAUGGUGAUGAUGAUGAUGAUGAUGAUGAUGGGGAGGCCCGGCGAGGGCGGGUGUCAACAGGGACCCUCUCGCCUCUCGUAGGUGUCUCGGAGCUGGAGCCGGCAGCGGGUCGAGACGCCAGCGGGCUCCGAGCUCACCGGGCGCCGCCGUCACUCAGCCCCGCCGCGCCGCCGGCACGCCCUGCCUCCACAAAGGAUGCUGAGCCUGCGAGCGGCUCGCUCCCCGCCACGCAGCCUGCCAUCGCCACCGGAUUCCUUAUGGACCUGCCGACCGCCGGCGAGAAGCUGGAGCAUUGCACCAAAGCCAGGCCCCGGCCCAACCGCCGGCACAAGCAGCCGCCCAGCAAGCCGAAUGUGCAGCCCGUGGCCUGUGAGAACAGCGAGGACAGGAGCAUCACCCGCGUGGACGAGGGGCUGGAGGACUUCUUUGCCAAGAGGCUCAUCACAGAAACACUGCCCCCCACGUCUCCGGAGACCUGCCUGGGAUCAGCCCCUCUGGCUCCCUCUGGUUCCCGCACCCUCAAGAAGAAAAUUGGGAAUUUUUUUGCCUUCAAGAAACCCAAAUCCAGCCGGGGCUCGAGGUGUGAGAAGGAGCCCGAGGGUGGUCCCACUGCCCCUAGGAGCAGGCGCUCGAUGCUCAGUGACAUUUUACGAGCCCCCAGCAAGGCAGGCGAGUCAGGGAAGCCCCUGAGUAAAUCGGAGGAGGGGGGGCUCUCUGCCGAGCCCCAAGCAGAGCCUGAGCACUGCCAGACUCCUGACUCUGCCCGGAGGAUCCGGCCCAAGUACUCUCGGGAGGGCAAAUCCCAGUCACUCAUCUUGCUGUCCGGGGAGGACGAGGAUGCGCUGGGGGUCAGGCAUGACAAGAAGAGGCACCUGGAGAAGAGCGAGGGGGAGUUGUCCAGCUCCUUUGAGCAGCGCGUGCAGGUCAUGCUCCAUCGCAUCGGCGUCACCAAGGGCCCGGCUGCUGAGAGCAAGAAGCAGCAGAGCAAAGACAGCGAGAUCAAGAAAGCCGGCUCAGAUGGGGACAUCGUAGACAGCUCUGCGGACUCGCCCCCAUCCCUGAAGGCCCGCACACACUCUGUGUCCACAGACGCACCCUUCCGCAGCCCAGCCGCCAGGACGGAGCCCAGCGCCGAGCCCCGGCCAGCCUGGAAAGCCCUGGGAAGGCAGCUGCCUGCCGAGCCACCGGCCACCAGCUCCGACCAGCCCCGGCGCUCCUUCACCCUAGCAGAGCCCGGCGGGCUGCCGGAGCCCGGGGGCCGGGAGGGCUGGAGCAGCAGCCUGCCACGGCUGGGCAGGAACGUGCCGGUGGCACUGCCACGGAGGGUCAGCCACGGUGGGGAGGUGGGUGCUGGCACCCUGCCCACCCUGCCCACACCUCCCAAUACUGAAGACAACCGGCUGAUGGCACGGCUGGCAGCGCCACGGGGGACCAGCCGCCGAGCACUGUCCGUCCACGAGGAGCAGCUCAGGGAGCCCGAGUGCCCGGCGGAGCUGGGAAUGGGCACCGUUCCCCUGCGCCUGCGGCGUUCGCCUGUGCUCAGGCACAGGACCAAGCACGAGUCCCUCUCAGAGAUGGAGGGUGAGCCUGGACCAACCUCGGAUGCUGAAGGUGCCACACUGCAGGACUGGCCCCGUGCCGGGCUGGAGGAGCCGCAGGCUGGCGCAGGCACUGAGGGUGAGCAGCCGCAAGCCCUGGCACAAACUGUUGGGAAUGCACAAGACUCAGCUGCCGUAGACCAAAGACGCCCAGUGCCGGGCCGGGAGGAGCCGGCCCUGGGACAGUGAAGCCCCUGCAUGUCACCACGCUGCUCCCAAUAAAACCCUGCAAGCAAGUGCGCCGUGCCGGGGUGCUUGGCAGCUGGGGUGCAGAGAGGACAGACGGGGCACCAGGCUGGCGUGGAUGUGCCAAUGAUGGCAUCGCCCAAUUUUCGCCACGGGGACAGCCGGGCCACCAGCAUUGCCCAGGAUGCCCAGGGACUGUCAGAGCCUGCAGGAUGCAUCCAGGGGUGUUGCAGUCCCCGGUGCCCUCUGUUGCUGUGGGCUGCAGCGGGGGAGCCGGUGAUUUUAGGCAGCCAGCUAUUUUUAGGAAGCGUUCCCAAGGCACUUUCACCACUCCAGCUCCUGACCCCAUGGGGUACUGCUCUCUCCAGCCCCUGCCAGACGCAGGCUUCCAUCAGCGGGACCACAACCCAGCGCCUUCCAGCACGCAGCUCCAUCCCCGCAGCUCCCUGCCGGCACCAGCGUGAUCCUGACACCCCAGUGGCUUUCUCCUGUGUCGCCCUCUGCUCCGGACCAAACGCAUUCCUCACACGGAUGUUUACGACAAAGCAAGAUGCUUGUUUUGGUUUUUUUUUGUUUUUUUUUUUUUUUUUUAAUACAAGAGCUGUGUAUUUAAAAAAUAUACAAUUUUUAAUUUCUACAGCAUAACCCUGCGGGAUAUUUUUUGUAAUAAACAGUGCAGGACCCUACCUAAACUUAUUCAAUAAACCAUCCAAGCUCCUG